AUGUUUCCGAACAUAAAGUUGGCAAACACCGAGAACACUCAGAGUCUUGCUCAGUACAGAGUCGUUUUGAGGAAGAGCAUGAACAAGGAAGAGCCACUGUUAGAAGGUCUUCCCAAAGAGUAUUACGACGAUGAAUGGCAAGCUCGGCAGAGGGAGAAAACAAAGGAGUUGCAUCAAAGACGUCAAGAGGAAGACGAAGAGGAGGAAAGAAAGGUUGAAGAGUAUCGCGAAAUUGGCAUGAGAUUGAAGGGUUAUCCGGAAGAAGAUGUUCGGAAAGCUCGGAAAUUGAUUUCCAGCUUUAUCAGAGCGGCCGAAGAAGUGGAAGAGAAAAUUGAGGAAGCUGCUGAGAAAGGAGAAUUGACUGAACUUGUUUUGAUGGUCAUAUGGAAUCGUCUUGACCUCGCUCGACGUGAUGAAGAAAAGGAUGUUAUUAGAAGUCUUGAUUUGUUAUACAGAAGGGUUGAGGCUGAGAUUUUGAAACGGGAGGCUUCUCCUGCCAUGAGACUGCUCAAUGAUCUUUUGAAUAUGCAUGAUGGGUAUGAUGGUGAAGGAUGGCUGAAGGAAUGCAAAAAGUGUAUGGUUGAUACUUUUCCACGAGAGGAUCCAUUUAGCAUUCUCGUUCCAGAAGGAUUUGAUAUUGAUAAGCAUCAGGGACCACUCCGGCUACCACUUGAAGCUGAUGAUGUUCUAUUGAGGGUAGACUUUGUUAGAGAAGUUGAUGCAUUGCUACAAGAGGUUAGGGCCGAGCAAAAUGAAGUACAAAAUGCACAAGGGCUUGAUGCUGAGUCCAUUGCAAGUAGGUUGAAGCAGCAGGAGAAGCAGCGGGCCAUACGCUUGGUAGAAGCUAUACUAGACCUGGCCAUUAAUUUGAAGUGGUAG